AUGAGCAGCGGCAGCAGCAGGUGCGUGUCCACGAACUCGAGAGGGCUCAGCGGCAGGCUGCCGCCGUCCGAGGAUGUCCCUGAGACGAGCGAGCGCGAGGCGGAGGAGGACGACGGCGGCGAGAUCGUGCACUUCAGCCACCCUGAGCACCGGCUGGCCCGGUUCGACUUCCCGUACCUGUUCCUGUGCAUGGGGUGCAGGGAGUACGGCGCCGGGAAGCGGUUCAUGUGCCAGGCCUGCGGCUUCCAGCUCCACGAGUUCUGCGCGCUGGCGCCGCCGUCGCUCCACGACCACCCGUUCCACCCCAAGCACCCGCACCUCCUCUUCUUCGCCAGGCCGGCAGGUGGGUUUCUCCGGUGCAAGUGCGACGUCUGCGGCAAGUCGGUGAAGGGCUUCUCGUUCCGGUGCGCGUCGUGCGGGUUCGACAUGCACCCGUGCUGCGCGGCGAUGGCGCGGCGGAUGGAGCUCCCGGCGGCGCACGAGCACCCGCUGGAGCUGGUGGCGCAGGACGGCGCGGAGUCGAGCCUCGUGUGCCAGGUGUGCAGGCGGGCGACGGCGAGGCGGUCCGGCGGGUCGGCGGGGCACACCGUGUACCGGUGCCUGCCGUGCGGGUACUGCCUCCACGCCCGGUGCGCCAAGGACAUGGUGAACGGGCUGUACGAGCACGGCAUCGUGCCGCCGGAGAGGCGGAGCGCGAUCGCUGCCGCGGCCAGGGUCACCGUGAACGCGCUGUUCGGGGUCCUCGGCGGCCUCAUCGAGGGGAUUGGGGAGGGCAUCGGCGAGGCCUUCGUCGAAAACAUCGGGAGGAGCAGGAGGAGCUUCAGAUGA